AAAUAUAUUCUUUAAACUUGGAGACCAGAAUGGUCGUGUAGAUUUGAACCAAGUUCAAAGCUUUGUCUUUUCAGAUCCGCCAUAGGUGCAGAGGGCUUGUACUUUCCGAGUUCUCUGGAGGGCAGUCGGGUUCUUCUUUCAUGGGCCUUAAACAGGCCUACAGAUACCCGUCUUCCUCUUCUCGAUCAACACCUGGGUUUUUUCGACGCUUGGAAUCCAUGAGAACAAGAAAGAUUUUGGGGGUUUCUCUGUCCCUCAUUCUCAUUAACAUGGCUGCUAUAAAGGAGCGAGCCGAUGAGAAUCUCAUCCCAUCAGUAUACAAAGAAGUCAGUGAAGCUUUCAAUGCUGGGCCAUCUGAUCUUGGAUAUCUCACAUUCAUCAGGAACUUUGUGCAGGGAAUGGCAUCUCCCCUUGCAGGUGUAUUAGUCCUCCUAUAUGACCGCCCCACUGUACUUGCAAUGGGGACUUUCUGCUGGGCGAUAUCAACUGCUGCAGUGGGUGCAAGCCACCAUUUUGGUCAAGCUGCAAUCUGGAGAGCAGUGAAUGGUUUCGGACUGGCAAUUGUUAUACCGGCACUUCAGUCUUUCAUUGCUGAUAGUUACAAGGACGGCGUGAGAGGGGCAGGGUUUGGGAUGGUGAGCCUUGUUGGCUCUUUGGGCGGCAUUGGAGGUGGUGUAGUGGCCACACUUAUGGCCGGUGACAUGUAUUGGAGCAUACCUGGAUGGCGUAUUGCCUUCGUUCUAAUGGCAGCACUGAGUUCUCUAAUUGGCUUCCUUGUGUUCAUAUUUGUUGUUGACCCUAGAAAAGUAGUUCCUAUCACUCAUGGUGCUGACCAGAGUUUUGAGAGAGAUGAUUUGCUAAUGAAGGGCACUACUACUUCAACUGCAGCAUCAGUUUGGUUGGAAUCUUGGACAGCCAUGAAGUCAGUCGUUAAAGUGAAAACAUUUCAAAUAAUCGUCUUGCAGGGCAUUGUUGGGUCCCUGCCAUGGACUGCCAUGGUGUUUUUCACUAUGUGGUUCGAACUUAUCGGUUUUGAUCACAACAGUACAGCAGCUCUCCUCAGUCUCUUUGCUAUUGGAUGUGCUACAGGGUCUCUUCUUGGUGGGAUCAUAGCAGAUCGAAUGUCACGGAUCUAUCCCCACACCGGUCGCAUCAUGUGUGCUCAGUUCAGCGCCUUCAUGGGAAUCCCAUUUUCAUGGUUUCUACUCAAAGUAAUCCCACAAUCAGUAGACAGCUAUUACACAUUUGCAGUCACUCUCACCCUGAUGGGCUUGACUAUCAGCUGGAAUGCUACUGCUGCAAAUGGUCCCAUGUUUGCUGAGGUUGUUCCUACCAAACACCGAACUAUGAUUUAUGCAUUUGAUCGGGCUUUUGAAGGAUCCUUCUCUUCUUUUGCUGCUCCUUUGGUUGGAAUUCUUUCAGAGAAGAUGUUUGGCUAUGAUGCAAAAUCUGUAGAUCCGAUUAAAGGGUCUACGAGGGAGGCCUUUGCAUUAUCACAAGGGCUUAUUUCCAUGAUGGCAGUUCCAUUUGGUUUGUGUUGCUUGUUUUAUACGCCAUUGUAUGUGAUCUUCAGAAAGGACCGAGAGAGUGCUAGAGUUGCGAGCGCAAAAGAGGAAGAGAUGAGCCUGACGAAGUGAAAUGAGGUAUUCCUUAUGUCGUAGGAGCAGCAAGUAUGUGUGAAAAUAGAAUACGUCUGACUUCACAUUUCUUAUGCAGUCAUGCAUAUGGCAUUUUCUUUAGAUUUAGUCUUCAAAGCUUAUACGCAAUCAUCUAGAAUAUACAGUGACAAGUUUGAGAAGAUAUUGUGUUGAACUUUGAGGCUCAGAGAUUUGUGAUAGGGAGCUUAUACCAUUUUCAAAUUAUUACUCAUUGAUGGUAAAUCGCAAACUGUGCAUUUAGCAAUACACGUCUAGGAGGGUUUGAACAUUGUGGUGAAUGUGAUUUGAUGAUAUAGUGAUGUAACAACUUCGUUUCCUCUGGGAAUGGUUGUGUAUUUUUGAAACAUGAGGGGUUUGUAAAACUCUGAUGUCAAAGCUAAAGAAGAAUAAGAAGUGCUUUAGCAGGUUGUAAUUCUAUAAGAUGCUAUUGUGUCGUAAACUUUUUCGCCUUGAGCAUAUGGUACAAGGACACCGUUUAAUCUUAUAUUGGCUGCUGCAACAAGUUUGAAGAGUCUCCCGUUAAGUAGGGUUAAAGAAGACAAACAGAAGUUACAGAAAGCCAACACAUUUAUAAUUCAUACUUACAC